UAACCUCAAAAUAUUCAGAAAAGAUUUGGGACGCGGAGAAGCAAAGCACACGUGCGUGUAUUUGUUUCUCCGAGAAUAUCUCACGAAGUAUGUGUAAUUGAAUUGUGAAAAUAAGCAUAAUGAGUAAGCUGUACGUGCUUUUCGAGCACAGUGCAGGAUAUGGACUCUUCAAAGUCGCGGAAUUCGAGGAACUGGCGACGUUCUUACCGCAGGUGGAGGAGUCUGUGACAGAUUUGCAGCGCUUCAAUUCUGUAGUUACGCUGGUGGCUUUCCAGCCUUUUAAAUCUGCUGUAGUGGCUUUGGAAAACAUCAAUGCUGUUUCAGAAGGUAUCAUCCCAGAAGAUUUAAAUCUGUUCCUAGAGGGAGCCCUACCAAAGCGCAAGAAGCGUAGCAAGUGCACUUUGGGGGUUCUUGACCCUAAACUUGGAGCGGCAGCAAGUGAAGCUUUGGAGAUACCAUGUUCACAUACGGGGGCUGUUCCAGAGAUUGUGAGAGGUAUUCGCUACCACUUCCACUCUCUUAUCAAAGGGCUAACCCUGAAGGCCUGCAGUGUGGCCCAACUCGGUCUGGGUCACUCAUACUCACGCGCCCGAGUGAAAUUUAAUGUACAUCGAGUAGAUAACAUGAUCAUACAGUCGAUUGCUCUGUUGGACCAGUUAGAUAAAGAUAUUAACACAUUUUCCAUGAGAAUAAGAGAAUGGUACUCAUACCAUUUUCCAGAGCUGAUAAGUAUUGUCCCAGAGAAUCAUCUCUACACAAAAUGCGCAGAAUACAUUAAAGACCGAAAAACUCUGUCAGAAGAAUCAGUGGAACCCCUUACAGAAAUUCUAGGCGAUUCUGAGAAGGCCCAAGCGAUUAUUGACGCGUCUAAAAUGUCCAUGGGAAUGGACAUAUCACCUGUUGAUUUGAUUAAUAUACAGAUGUUUGCAAAGAGAGUUGUUGGAUUAAGUAAUUACAGGAAGCAAAUAUCAGAAUAUCUACAUCAAAAGAUGAACAGCGUAGCACCUAAUCUGACCGUACUAGUUGGUGACCAAGUAGGAGCCCGUCUCAUCUCAAAGGCUGGUUCCUUAACUAACCUUGCCAAGUACCCUGCCUCCACAUUGCAAAUUCUUGGUGCAGAGAAAGCUCUCUUUAGAGCUUUAAAGACCCGAUCGAAUACGCCAAAGUACGGUCUGCUGUACCACUCUACAUUCAUCGGUCGCGCUGGGCUCAAGAACAAAGGCCGCAUCAGUCGGUACCUCGCGAACAAGUGCUCCAUUGCUUCCAGGAUUGAUUGCUUCUCUGAGGCCCAAACAACAGUAUUCGGAGAAAAACUCCGUCAACAAGUUGAAGAUCGACUGAAAUUCUAUGAAACGGGUGACAUUCCCAAAAAAAAUAUAGAAGUGAUGAAAGAGGCCAUGGAGGAAGCGUUACAGGAGGCGGAGGCCGAGGCCAGUGCCAAGAAGAAGAAAAAGAAGAAGAAGAAGAAAAAUGCUGAGCCUAUGGACGAGGAUUAAAUGGAUCUUACACAUUCGAGAAAUGACAACAUCAAUUAGAAAACGAUGUUAUGCAGUAUGCAGCCCACCUUUUGAUUCCGGAGUCACUGUCACAACGAAACACUCUUACAACACUGACUUACAAUUUUGACGAAAACAAAUUUAUUCACAUCAUUUCAUUACCAAUGGCCGGUAUAGGGUGUUAAAAAUAUCAAUUAAUUACUUAUAAU